ACCGACGAAACUGAGGGAUCUGAUUGGCUCACAUGUAUUUUCCUUCAUAGGCGGCUGGUGCAGCUAAACCAAAAAACAAGUACGACGCUGUAUGAUAUUACAUUUGUAUUAACCCGUUAGAUUAAACAAAGACACAGCAGAUCUUAUUUUUAUCAGUCAAACUGAGGAGAACUCCUGAUCAAGACUGAAUAUCUUCAGAGACCAGUAAAUUUAAGGGCCAUUUGUUUCAGACUCUUUCUGCCUGUUCCCUAAGAGUGGUAUACUGCCACUGAGCAUGUCAGUGGCUCUUCUCGUGCGAUAUGCCACGUUCAGCGGAUCCCGUGUCUGCUGCAGGGCUGCUCUCGGCCUAACCGGCAUCCACCAAGAAGACCCGAGACGGGCUCUACACACGCCGUCAUCUCCUCGGUGCAGCAACUCUCGCUUUGAUCCAGACAGCAGUGGCCGUCCGACUACCUGGGACUCUUUUGGGAUCUGGGACAACCGCAUUGAUGAACCUAUCAUGCUUCCAUCGAGCAUCCGUUAUGGUAAACCUAUUCCCAAAGUUAGCCUGUCCAAGGUGGGCUGCGCCUCGCAGAUUGGCCAGCGGAAGGUGAAUGAAGAUCGCUAUCAGCUGUCGCAGAUGACGGACAACAUCGUGUACUUUGCGGUGUUUGACGGGCACGGAGGUGCAGAGGCUGCUGAAUUCUGUCACAAAAGCAUGGAGAAACAUAUUAAAGACAUUGCGGAGGAGGAGGAUAACUUGGAGUUAGUUUUAACCAAAGCAUUUCUUGAGGUGGACAAAGCGUUAGCAAGGCAUCUUCACUUCAGUGCAGAUGCCUCUCUGUUGAGUGCAGGGACCACGGCCACAGUGGCCCUGCUGAGAGACGGGAUCGAGCUGGUGGUGGCCAGCGUAGGGGACAGCCGAGCCAUGCUGUGCCGCAAAGGCAAGGCCCUCAAACUCACUGUGGAUCACACACCUGAGAGAAAAGAUGAAAAAGAGAGGAUACGCAAGACUGGAGGUUUUAUUACGUGGAAUAGUUUGGGUCAACCGCACGUUAAUGGCCGACUGGCUAUGACACGCAGCAUUGGAGAUUUCGACCUCAAGACGUCAGGUGUCAUCGCAGAACCAGAGACUAAGAGAAUUACAUUGCAUCACGUCCAUGACUCUUUUCUGGCACUCACCACUGAUGGCAUCAACUUCAUCAUGAACAGUCAAGAGAUCUGUAACAUCAUUAACCAAUGUAAUGACCCUAAAGAGGCCGCACAGCGCAUAUCUGAGCAGGCGCUUCAAUACGGAUCUGAAGACAACAGCACUAUCAUCGUUGUGCCGUUCGGCGCCUGGGGCAAACACAAAAGCUCUGACGUGAGCUUCUCCUUCAGUCGCAGCUUCGUCUCCAGUGGCCGCUGGGCUUAAGCAAAUAUAAGAAGACAAUGACGCUUUAACUGAUCCACAGAUGUGACUCCCUAGUCUGAAUUUACCAAUGUGCAAUAUUCUUCUAAUCCAUCCUGUGAGGAUCACCUCAAAAAAGACCAUUACAACCAGAACCCACAUUUAAUGUGGAGUUGAUACUGACUCAACGGAAUGAUACAGAGCUAUUUUGCCUAGAGAUGCAAAUCAAGCAUUGUUAAUUUCUGAAAUCGUUGGAGUUAAAGUUACCGUGAGGUUUGAGUUUAUCCUCGUCUUGAAAGUUUCCCGCUUUUAGGUCCUAACCUGUGGUGCUAUCCUUUAUUUGGUUACCUCAGUUCUGAUUUUAGAAUAGUGUGCUGUAAUGGAAUCAACAGCUGUUCUCUGUACUGCUAUUGUGAAUCAUUUUCAGAACAGGAAUUUUAAGCACUUUCAGAUUUUGGGAGGUUCGAUUAUUUUUGUAAUCCUCAUUACUUUAGUCUUUGAGUGUUAAAUGACACGCAAAAGCACAUUUCAGUGGUCUACAGGCGGUGCACGUUCAUAAGCCCUUAUUUAUAGAGUUAGACCGCUGUGCAUACUAAAGUAUGAACUCCUAUUCCUUGUGCAAGCACAUAUUUCUAUAACUUUGUCUCCUGGUCGUAGUGUGAAUAAUCAUUCAUGCUUUAUUCCAGAUUAACAACCAGCAAUUUUAAAGCUACACUAAGAAAUUCCUACCGAAGGAAUUUGCAACCCAACCCGAGGACCAUUUCACAAAUGAAUUAAUGAUUUUUCUGUGCCUUUUCCAUAAACAUCUAUUCUUUUGGACAUGCUUGAGUAAGGAACUCAACUUUAGGUUCAUAACUGAAGUUUUAAACUGUGACUUGUGCUUGUUUAGUGUUACUAGACAAACCAUUUUUGUUCAGAUUGUACAGUUCAGUGUGUUAACUUCAAUGCAUAGAGCAAAGUCCAGAUAUUUGUUUUAUGUUAUUUAUAUAAUGUAUAUUAUGGACAGUUAACUAUGGAAUAUGCGAUUGUAUGCUUUCUUUGAAGUCUCCUAGUUACAGCAGAAAAGUGAAUUUCAUUCAUGGUUGUUGUAUUUGCAGCCAUACUGCUGUAACUUUAAAAUUUAAAGCUUUUAAUCAGAAAGGCUUCUGUCAUAAUCUUUGAUUUCCUGUGAUUUUUAUUUGUAGAGCCAUACACAUGUGACCUCAGCAAGUCGGCAUCUGUGUUCAGGCCUGCGUGAUCGGUUCAUAUUCUGAUUUGAACACUCUUGUCAUUCUCAUUUACAUUUCCUCUCAUUUUAGACUUUUAACAGCUAUUUUUCUUUCAUGUCUUCCUUUUUACGAUCCAAAAGCACAUCCAGUAUGAUUGGGGGCUUUUUUUCUGUAUGUAUGGUUCUUCAGUUGCUAUAUUUCUGUCAGAAUAUAUUAUAGUCAGUGUUAAUACAACUGUGCAUGGAUCUUGCCUAGAACAAUCUGUAAAACAACUGCAAGUGUUUCCUGCUCUAUAUAUGGACCUAACUUUGCUUUAUUGAUAUGCAGUUUAUUGUGAAAUGUAAUGCAGCUGUGAAUAAAGUUUCACCAGAAACAUCUCUGCUGGAUAAACAUGA